AUGAAGAUGAAAACUUCAGUUCACAGAGAAAUUCAAUGGGAAGGUGGACGCCAAACAUGAAGCCCCGCUGAAAAGUGCCCAAAGUGUUUGGAGUAAAGUCUGCGGGAGACUGCAAGAUCCCUUCGGUAACACUUCUGGGUCGAAAACUAUUAAUUGAACAGAAGAUGAUGUCUGACGCCAGUGAGAUGUUGGCAGCAGCCUUGGAGCAAAUGGAUGGGAUCAUAGCAGGCUCCAAGGCUAUGGACUACUCCAAUGGGCUUUUUGACUGCCAGUCACCCACGUCACCUUUCUUGGGUGGCCUCCGGGUGCUGCAUCUUCUGGAAGACCUGCGAGCAGCGCUGGAGCUCAUGGACAAUGAGGAGAGGGACAACCUGCGAUGUCAGAUCCCUGAUUCCACUGCAGAGGGACUGGCAGAGUGGCUGCAAGGACGAUUGACUAACGGGCACAGCUCAGAAGCAGUUUACCAAGAACGUCUGUCACGACUAGAGAGUGACAAAGAGUGUCUCAUUCUUCAGGUAAGUGUUUUAACAGACCAGGUGGAGGUGCAAGGUGAAAAGAUUCGGGACCUUGACACCUGCCUUGAGCAUCAUCGGGAGAAACUAAAUGCUACUGAGGAGCUGCUUCAACAGGAACUGUUGAACCGGACAGCACUGGAGACCCAGAAGCUUGAACUGAUGACCGAGGUGUCAAGUCUGAAGCUGAAGCUAACGGCUGUGGAAAGAGAUCACAGGGACAAUGAGGGCUUGUACCAGGAAGUAACGGACCUGCGGUUCAGGGUGACUGAUAUAGAGAAUGAAAGGCUGCAGUGUGAGAAGAAACUCAAAGCUACCAAAGAGGAAUUGCAGCUUCUGCAGAGGCAGCUGGAGGAGCGAGAGUUGGAGCUGAGGAGGCUGAGGGAUGAGAGCAGGCUGAAGGUGGAGAGCCACAACAGAGCUGAGGGAGGAGACCGAGAUAUAGAAAUGUUGAAGAUGAAGAGGGCGUUGCAGACACUGACGUCAACCAACGAUGAAAAGGAGAGGAGGAUAAAAGAGCUGGAGGAGUCGCUUAUCAAAUGCAAGAAAGUGCAGGAGAUGGUCAAAGAGAAGUUGAAGGAAGACGAUUAUGACGAUAUCCCAGAUGAUCCCUCAGUUCCUGGAGCCAUGGAGGUGGAUCAGGUCACCCUGGUGUUGGAGGGGGAGGCAGGAAGGAGCUCUGGCGAGUCUAUUCCAUGUAUAGCAGUGCUCUCUGAGAUGAAUGAACUGGACAGAGAACGUCAGUUACAGGCAGCAGAAAGCUCGGCCAGCAGCACUGACCAGGCCAAUAAUAAAGGUUCCUCCUCUCCGUCUAAAACAAACACCACGAGUGAUGAGAGUUUUGGUACCAAGAAAGCCCGCGCCUCUUUCGGCCGUGGAUUCUUCAAGCUGCGUGGGGGCAAGCAGACCGCCAGCGCUCCGAACCUGGCUGAAACAGAGCGUAAAGGCACAGAUCACCUGGACUUGGCCGGUGUUCCUCCACGGAAAUCCCACGACGCAGCUGCUCUGCCAUCCUCACUGGAAACCAAAAAGAAGUCCAAAGGCUUUAAGAGAUUCUUUGGCAGGCUAAAGAGGAGCCACUCUACCUCCUUCAACCUCGAUGAUGCAGCUGAGAUGGAGUUCAGGAGGGGUGGAGUCAGAGCCACAGCUGGCCCUCGACUCGGGUGGUCACGUGAACCGAAACACAAUGCUGUUGAUGUUCCUUUCUCGCGCUGGAGUAAGGAAGACGUUUGUGCGUGGCUGCAUGAGCAAGGCCUCGGGUUAUAUGCAGCCCAGGGCCAGAGCUGGAUCAAAUCAGGACAAACACUGCUGCAGGCAUCACAGCAUGAUCUGGAGAAGGAGCUGGGCAUGAAGCAGCCUCUCCACAGGAAGAAGCUGCAGCUGGCCUUGCAGGCUCUUGGCUCAGAAGAGGACGACCUGAAGGGCAAACUGGACCACAACUGGGUGACCAGAUGGCUGGAUGACAUUGGCCUCCCACAGUACAAAAGUCACUUUGAUGAGGCUCGUGUUGAUGGACGCAUGCUGCACUACAUGACAGUGGAGGACUUGCUGUCUCUGAAGGUGGGCAGUGUUCUCCAUCACCUCAGCAUCAAGAGAGCCAUUCAGGUCCUCCGCCUCAACUUUUACGAACCCAGCUGUCUCAGGCGACGACCUUCUGAUGAGAACAACAUCACACCAGCAGAGAUCUCACAGUGGACCAACCACAGAGUGAUGGAGUGGCUCAGAUCUGUGGAUUUGGCUGAGUACGCCCCAAACCUGAGAGGGAGCGGCGUUCAUGGAGGACUGAUGGUGCUGGAGCCGCGUUUCAACGUAGAGGCGCUCGCCCUUCUGCUCAACAUUCCUCCCAACAAAACCCUGCUGAGACGCCACCUGGCCACACAUUUCCACCUGCUCGUUGGCUCAGAGGCACAGAGGCUCAAACAGGACUGUCUGGAAAACCCAGACUACACCGUCCUCACCGCCACCGCCAAGGUCAAGCCUAGGCGCCUGUCAUUCGGUGGGUUUGGCACCCUGAGAAAGAAACGUCAUGAUGAUGGUGAGGAGUACGUCUGCCCCAUGAACGUGGAAAUGCCCAAAAGCAGCAGCUUCCAGAGGGGGGUCCGAAUCUACGAGGAUAACCUUGACCACCUGGAACAGAUGGAGGACUCUGAGGGGACUGUCAAACAGAUAGGAGCGUUUUCUGAGGGAAUCAACAAUCUGACGAGCAUGCUGAAGGAUGACGAGUUUUUCCAGGAGAUCUCAGUCUGCCAUCCAGAGGUAAACGUCGCAGAGACGCACGACAACUCCGACAUAUGAUCGACGCCGAGCUCUGUAAGCUUUGUGAAAAAAACUGUGCCAAUGCUGUUCUCAGAUACCCCCCCCACCCCACAGUAGCACAUGUGAGACCUCUAACUUUACAGUAUUUUCAGUACAGUACAGCCAUAGUCCCCAUGAUCUUAUAUAUUUAUUGAAGCUGCCAAAUGUAAUGCAUGAAAAUGCAAGAUUUUAUUGCAUUAAUGUACCUCCCUCUGCAUUUAUUUUAUUAUUCAAGCAUUUGUGUUGUUUUCAGUAAUCAGUGAAGUAAGCAUACUUUAAGUGUUUGUUUCUUUCCCCUUAGUUUAAAGACUCGCCCUCAGUCAGAUUAAUUUUAAUUUUGUGGUACGUAAAAGUUGUUUUAUGCCGUCUCAAACAUUCUCUCAUUUAUUUCUAGAUAGUUCAGGUGUUUUCACACCUGAAUGUUUGACCCAAGGUUCAUGUUUUUGUUUUGUUGUUUACAUUUUGAUUUGGUUAGUUAUGGUUUCACACUGCAAUUUUAUGAGCGCCUUAAAGAACUUUGAAUGACAUGCCUACAUCGUGUCUUCAUCACCUGUGUUAGUUGUGUCUUCCUGUACUUGGUAUUUGACACUGACUGGUUUAUAGACAGGCGUGUGUGUCUCACUUCCUCUCUCCCUCAUCUCAGAAAAUAACUUAAGUUUUAGUACUUUUAUUCAUUUUUUUCAAGUUGACUUCUGACUUUGUCAUCAGACAAUAAUAAUAAUAAUAAU